GUUUCUAUUUUUGUUUAAAAUGAAAAAAAAAUGCAUAAGAGUCACUUCCAUCAUUAUUUUUAUAGGGUUAUCAUGUGAUUUUACUAAAUCCACAUAUAGCUCAAAUAUCCAGAAUAGUGGGUUUGUUGUUAAUACAUUGAGGAAAACCCAGCCUUUUAAUAAGGGGGCAAAUACCUAUCUAUGCUAUCCCAUUUUCUGCCACCCUACUCCAAACAGUACCUUGAUUUCUAAAAUAGUUAUUCAAACUUUUUUUUUUAAUCCAUUAAAUUGUUCAGUUGUGAUUAGUUAACUUCCAAACAAAGUGUGCUCUGUACUUAGAGCAAAACUAAAAAUCAACCUGGCAAUCAGUAUAGCUAAUUAAAUAUCUCUUCUUACAUAUAUAUAUAAUAAUGAUUUCCACUGUGUAGAUACAUUUCAAAGAGCUGAUUUGGAUGAUACAGUAUUAACUUUGUAAUGCAUUCUGUGUUUGGAUUUUUAUUGUAUAGAUACAUGUCAAGGGACACAGUAUUACCUUUAUGAUGUAUGCUCUGUGUAUGAUUUUGAUUAUAUAGAUACAUUUAAAGGGACUAAUUCAAGAUGGGUACACUAUUACCCACAUAUCAAGUGACGGAAUCGGGAUGGAUUCAUUGUUACCUUAGAUAUAUAACCUAAGAUUUUACUGGUAUAAAUACAUUUAAAAGGACCAACUCAAGGUGGAUACAGCAUUACAUUUAUGAUUGAUAAUGAUGUGUGUUUGAAACCUGUGACUUGUAAUGUUUGUUUGUACUAUGUAGCAUGAUUUAAGUUAUGACUAGCACUAUAUUAUUACGGUAAUGUUUUGUUAAAUUCUUGAGUUGUUUCAGAAGUAUCCAUGAAAUUACUCACUUGUAUAUCAACACGUUCAUUUUACUAGUUUUAAAAAUUGUCUCUGGUUUGCAUUUCAUAUGAUAGCUGCUAAUAAUAUAUAAGGUAGACAAUAACUUUUAUAAUUCAUAUUUUUACCUAGGAGUCAAACAGAAAGUAAUUAUAUUUUAUGUAGCUUGAUAGAAUUUGCUAAGCAAUUUGUUGUUUUUUCAUUCUAGACUUUGUCACCAUAGGAGGCUUGUUGAUUUUAAGCUUCAUUAACCAGAUACUCGGACAUGAUAAAAACAGUCUUUUAUACUAUGCCAAAACAUGUAUGCUUUUUCUUUUGUGUUGGUCAACCAAUUAAGUCCUGUUUUAUACCAUUGCUUCAGAGAACAAAUUGGACUGUUAGAAGGUAUAUUGACCCACCUCUAAGAUCAUUGGUUUGUGAAAAUCAGAAAAUAUUUUCCUCUUUUAAAACUAAAGUCAUCAGUCAAAGUAUACACUUCAAGAAGAAUUUCAAUUGCAGUUCUUCAGUCAAAAACAUUAAUUUUCUCAAUGACUUCUGGAAAAGACCUAGAAAAAAACAUGGUCAGUAUGCAUUAGUUCAGCCUGGUCUUGUUAGUGAAGCAGGAGAAAUUCCUCCAGAUAUAGUUUGUCCAGAAUAUGCAUAUUCUGGAAUAGUUGACCUAGCUGCACCUAGCAUAGAAAUAAAAGAUCUUGAAGUUAUUCAGAAAAUGAAAGACUCGUGUGCACUUGCCCGAAACAUUCUAGACCAUGCAGGAAGCUGUCUUAAGAUAGGAAUGACAACAGAGGAAGUGGACCAGAUGGUACAUACUGCAGCCAUAGCUCACAAAGCUUAUCCUUCACCACUCAAUUAUCAUGGAUUUCCUAAAUCUGUGUGUACAUCUGUAAAUAAUGUUGCUUGUCAUGGAAUUCCUGAUGAUAGACCACUGGAGGAUGGUGAUAUAAUCAGCAUUGAUGUCAGUGUGUUCUACAAUGGUUACCAUGGAGAUUGUGCAAGGACAUUUGGAAUAGGAGAUGUGGAUGGAAAAGGAAAGAAGUUAAUGCAUGUAGCACAGAACUGCUUGAAUGCAGCAGUGACUGUUUGUGGUCCUGAGCAAAAGUUCAGUGAAAUUGGUAGAAUUAUUAGUGAAACAGCAGAAGUAGGAGGAUGCACAGUUGUUCCUGAAUUUUGUGGCCAUGGGAUUGGGAAAUUCUUUCAUGGACCACCAGAUGUGUUUCAUUUUGUCAAUCAGUCAGAUGGAAUUAUGCAAGAAGGAAUGACUUUUACAAUAGAACCAGUAAUAUCGGAAGGAGAACCAAAGAUUGUGAUUCUUGAAGAUGGCUGGACGGCAGUUACAUUAGACAAUAGUCGCUGUGCUCAGUUUGAGCAUACUAUUCUUGUUACAAAAACAGGUGUAGAGGUUUUGACAUCCUCUUCUAUUGAGGAAUAUAACACAACAUAGAAGUUACUUAGUAGUUUAGCACAAUUAGGAUUGUUAGUGUCAAGGUACUUUCCGAGUUAGACUGCUUUCAGGGAUUUACACUUUGUUCACAUCCUUAGACUAUACCAAAGCAAAAAAGAUUAAAUUCCAGCUCUGUUUUUUGAAACAGUGAAUGUAAGAUAUGAAUUAAUGUUUUAUAAGGUUUCUUUCAAACUGCUAGGUACACUGCUGUGUUAAGUGUUUCACAGAGUAGUACUGUCUUCAAAAUUUGUUGAUGUUUUUUUUUCUUUUCUAUCAUUUAGUUUCAGGGAAGAAAGAGUGCUAAAAUCUUGUGAUGUUUUAACACACUCCUAAUUCUGAUCAAUAUUGGGAAGUACUGUUGUAGGUUAGCCUUGGAUACUGAUAAGAAGUGGUAUUCCUUGGAACUUUAAUUUAGAAUGUAGCCAAUUCUAAAGCUAGGUGUCAAGCAUUUGAUGUCUUUUUUUUUCCCCCACACCAGAAAUGGUUGGAGAUAAAAAAUCUCAAACAGUGAUGUUCAGUUUACUUUUACUGAUUAGCUCUGAGUGCAUGAUUCAAACUACAGUUUUUAACCAAAUAUCAAGCAUGUACAAAUGAAUUUCACUAAUUAUACUGUUCUAAAUCCCUGAAAUAUACUAGAAUAUCAAACAAUGCUAAAACAAACCUGUUAAAAACUGUUAAGAUAAGUAUGGAGUUUAACAUGUAAUUCUCUAGUAUUCUUAAAUAAGCCUCUAUCUCCAUCACUGUAUUUAUCAUCUUGAUGCUCUUACUUUGGCUGGAAUAAGUUAUUAAUCAUCAGUAAACUAGUUUUCAUCAACAAUAAACUGUUUCUAUGAAAACUUGUAAAUAAUACAUGAUGUG